AUAUAUGGAACUAUCUGUAAUAUUUUUAGACACAAAGCAAAGGGGUCUGAGAGCGUGACUGUCAAAUCUACAUAUUCUCUUCAUCUUCUUUCUUUCUCUCUAAAAACUCUCUCUCUCUCAUAAUUCAGAUUUUCUUUCUUUUUUAUGGUUCUUAAGAUUCGGUUUAAUCGGCGAUCGUUUCCCACAGUUUCUCGGGAAUCUCUGCUUUUCGUUCCUUCAAUCUUUGUCUCCUCCUUCACCUGAAUAUAAUGCUCCAGAUUUUCAAGCUGAUGGCUUUCCUUACAAUUUUUUCCCCUUUCUUAAAAGGACUGGUUUUGAUUUGAUAGAACUCUGACUCAAAAAGUAAAAACAAUGGAGGGUGACACAUACUCAGGGCUUGACAAUGGAACACAGUUGGAUGGCAAGGUGGUGCAGAUAUUUCAGAAGAGCUUUGUUCAGGUUCAGAAUAUAUUGGACCAGAAUAGGUUGCUCAUCAAUGAGAUAAACCAGAAUCAUGAGUCCAAGAUCCCAGACAACUUGAGCAGAAAUGUUGGUCUAAUUAGGGAGCUCAACAACAACAUAAGAAGAGUUGUUGACCUUUAUGCUGAUCUUUCAAGUACCUUCUCCAAAUCCAUGGAUACCUCAUCUGAGGAGGAUCUGAGUGUUGCUAUGAGAUCUGAUGCCAAAGCUGGUCACAAAAGAAACAGGCCUGUUUGAUUUAAUUCAAGAGAAAACAACAACAAAAAAACAAGUUGGUGUUUUUAUGUUGGCAAUUCUUUUGCAUGGUGGCAAAUGAAGAAACUUUUUUCAAGUAGAAACUAGAUCAAAACUGAUCAGAUUCUGUGUAACCCUUCUUCGCUUUUGUAUCAUUGAUGAACUGUCUUCAUUUCUCAAAACUGACUGCUCACUUUUGUUAGCCAAAAUAAUAUAGGUCUUCUAUAAUUUCUUCUAUUUGCACUGUAACUCCUUUUGUAACCAUGGAUCUGAUAUUGAAAUGAAAAGCAUAUGUGGGAUGUUCAUUUCUAAA